AUGGCUUCAAGUGCUCCCAUUACCACAGUCUAUGUGCGAAAUCUCGAGGAACGCGCCAAAAUCGACCAGCUGAAAGAUGCUCUGCUCCAGAUCUUCUCUGAGUAUGGCAACGUCCUCGACAUCGUAGCCAAAUCGAAUCUGAGAGCCAAAGGACAGGCUUUCGUGGUGUUUGAUAGCCCAGAGUCUGCGCAAAAGGCUAUCGACGAUGUCCAAGGAUUUGAACUCUUCGAUAAACCUAUGCAGCUUGCGCUGGCACGAACGAGGAGCGACGCGACAGUUAAGACCACCGGCAAUGAGGAAGAGUUUGAGUUGCAUAAGCGUCGUCGCUUGGCUGAGAAAGACAAAAAGAGGGCCUACGAGGCCGCCGAGGAGCAGAAGCGACUGAAGAGAUCAGGGCCGGCCGGCAGCGUACCAGAUAUGACAGGCCGACCUGCCAAAGCUGCCCGUGGCACUGGCCUCAAGUCCACCAACCCUUCUGCUACGGCCGUCGUACCAGACGAGUACCUUCCGCCCAACAAGAUUCUCUUCGUUCAGAACCUCCCUGAUGACUACGAUAUUGAGGCUGUCACCAGCAUAUUCGGACGUUUCGAGGGCUUUCGGGAGGUCCGUCUGGUGCCUGGCCGUCGUGGCAUAGCCUUCGUAGAGUACGACGGCGAACAGGGUGCCAUUACGGCGAAAGAGAACACGGCCGGCAUGGUACUGGGAGACUCGCACACAAUCAAGUGGUAG